UUCCACUGAGCCACGCUGCUUCUCGGAUUAAAGACAGCACUUCACAGAUAGCCUCCCGGAAGGACAGAGGGACCCCCCCACCGUCAAACCGUCGUCCUUGUCCCCCUCAGGACCGCCCGCCCCGUGGCCGGAAUGACGCAGGCCGAGAUCCAGCUGUGCUCCCUGCUCCUCCAGGAGCACUUCGGCGAGAUCGUGGAAAAGAUCGGGACGCAUCUGGUGCGGACGGGCGGCCAGCCGCUGCGGGCCAUCGCUCACCACACGGGCCUGCCCCCGGACCAGGUGAAGAAGGCGCUGUGCGUGCUGCUGCAGCACAACGUGGCGCGCUACCAGGCGCGGGGGCCCGGGCGGGUGGAGUACGAGGCCCGGGCCGGCCGCAUCCUGCGCAUCCUCCGCUUCCCCCGCUACAUCUACACCGCCAAGACCCUCUAUGGGGACACCGGCGAGCUCCUCGUGGAGGAGCUGCUGCUCAACGGCCAGGUCACCAUGGCCGCCCUCGUCCGCAGGGUGGCCGACCGCCUCACCGAAACCCUGGAGGACGGGAAGACGGUGGACUACGCGGAGGUGUCCAGCACGUUCACCCGCCUGGCCGACACCCACUUCGUGCAGCGCUGCCCCUCGGUGUCCCCGGCGGCGGGGGAGGCGGCGGCCCCCGCCCCGACACUGCUCGCCGACGACAAGGACGUGUAUCUGGUGCCCAAGCUCAACCUGAUAGGGACGGGAAAGAGGAGACGAUCGUCGGACGAGGAGGCGGCCGGAGAGCCCCGGACCAAGCGGCAGAGACGAGACGCCGACGGCAGCGAGGAGCAGCCAGCCCCGGACGACGGCAUCUACUGGCAGGCCAACCUGGACCGCUUCCACCAGCACUUCCGCGACCAGGCCAUCGUCCACGCCGUGGCCAACCGCAUGGACCAGAUGAGCAGCGAGAUCGUGCGGACCAUGCUGCGGCUGAGCGAGGUGACCACGUCCUCCAACGCUCCCUUCACCCAGCCGCUGUCCUCCAACGAGAUCUUCCGCUCCCUCCCGCCCGGAUACAACAUCUCCAAGCAGGUCCUCGAUCAGUACCUCACCCUGCUGGCCGACGACCCCCUGGAGUUUGUCGGCAAAUCCGGAGAAAGCGGCGGAGGGAUGUACGUCAUCAAUCUCCACAAAGCACUGGCAUCCCUGGCCACGGCCACGCUGGAGUCUGCCGUCCAGGAGAGAUUUGGGUCCCGCUGUGCCCGGAUCUUCCGGCUGGUCCUGCGCAAGAAGUAUCUGGAGCAGAAGCAGGUGGAAGACUUCGCCAUGAUCCCGGCCAAGGAAGCCAAAGACAUGCUGUACAGGAUGCUGUCGGAGAGCUUCAUCUCCCUCCAGGAAAUCCCCAAAACUCCGGACCACGCCCCGUCUAGGACCUUCUAUCUGUACACGGUCAACACGCUGUCUUCCGCCCACAUGCUGCUACACAGGUGCUACAAGAGCAUCGCCAACCUGAUGGAGCGACGCCAGUUUGAAACCAAGGAGAACAAGCGGCUGCUGGAGAAAUCCCAGCGGGUGGAGGCCAUCCUGGCGUCCAUGCAGGCCACCGGGGCUGAGGAGGCCCAGCUCCGGGAGAUCGAGGAGAUGAUCACGGCGCCCGAACGCCAGCAGCUGGAGAGCCUCAAGCGUAGCGUCAACAAGCUGGACGCCAGCGAGAUCCAGGUGGACGAGACCAUCUUCGUGCUGGAGUCGUACACCGAGAGCGUGGCCAAGAAGUCGUGACCGGAGACCCCCCCGGACGGGAGAGGACCGCCGGGCGGGCCGGAAGGCGAGGGCCCGGCGGAGCUGAAAAGCCGCUGGGGAAAUUAAAAGGCCGAAGGUCGUGAGGAGGCGUCGCCCGAGCGCCCGGGUCCGAAGUGCUUUUCUGGCGCGGCUGGGGGUGGAAGGGUUUGGGGGGCUGAGGGUCCAGGAGACCCCGAGUCGGGGGGGAGGCUAAGGGUCUGUCCGGGGUGACGGUCCUCCCCGGAGGGGCCGGGUAGAGGCCGUGCCGGAGCAACAAGUCCGGAAUCACGGGCUGGAGCUGCCCCGUCAUUCAUUCAUUCGAUCGGAUUUAU